AUGUCCCAGAUCAAUCUACUAUCGCUAGCAACCCAGCCGAUUCGUCCGUUUGAAUCGAUCCCGGUCAUUGAUAUUUCGGGUCUAUCGGGCGAUGCCGAUAGUAAAGCCCAGGUUGCAAGCGCAAUUAGAGAAGCCUGUAUUCACGUCGGAUUUUUUUAUGUGAAAAACCAUGGUGUUGAUGAAAGCGUGAUCCGAGCCACUGUGGAGGCUGCUCACCAUUUCUUCGAUUUGUCUCUGGAAGAGAAGAUGAAGCUUGACGUUCACAAGAGCCCCAACUUCAAAGGCUAUACUCCUUUGCUAGGCGAGAAUACCAACCCAGAAAAUCGAGGUGAUCUUCAUGAGUGCUUUGACAUUGGGCCGGAAAUCGAUGUUUCUUCAAAUAGUUCCAUGAGCGGGUCCAAUGUAUGGCCGUCCGAAGAUUUAAUGCCCGGGUUCCAACAGGCGGUACUGAAGUACUACCAAGAAAUUAUUGGACUUGGAUUGAAACUUUUCCCUGCAUUUGCAUUAGCAUUAAACUUGCCGGAAGAUUUCUUUGCUGAUAAGGUUAAAACCGCCGCGGCGAUAAUGCGCAUAUUGCAUUACCCGCCUCAGACUGGAGUGGUGGACGAUCGAGUACAAGGGAUCGGAGCACAUACUGACUACGAGUGCUUUACUAUUUUAUGGCAAGAUGAAAUUUCCGCACUUCAAGUGUUGAAUACCUCUGGCCAGUGGAUAGACGCGAAGCCCAUACCCGGCACUUUUGUCAUCAAUAUUGCCGAUCAGCUUUCGAGGUGGACAAAUGAUAUAUUCAAAUCUACUGUUCACCGUGCCAUCAAUAGGUCAGGAGUUCGACGAUACUCAAUACCAUUGUUUUUUGGUACGGAUUACGAUGUAAAGCUCGAGGUGCUUCCGUCAUGCAUCUCCGCGAAUCGACCUGCACGUUACGAGCCCAUCAUCGCCGGGGAUUACGUGAAGUCUCGGCUCGAGGAAACAUAUGCGCACUCAAAAUGA